CUUGCGUUAAACUAGCUAACUUUAGAAACGCCAACCCUUUAAUACGAAAUAGCGGCGUCGCGGGUGGAAAUACAUGUCCGAGGUGGACAACAAGUGGGCAGAAAUAAAAGAUACACGUUGAAAGCAAACGUCGAAUGGUGUACGGAUGCGAUUGACAGCCGGCGUCGGUGAGUGGAUUCAGUAAAGGAUGGAGAAGGAAGCGCUGAACGUGGUCGUCUUCAACGUGUCGAAGAAAGAGCUGUUCACCACGAACAAUGGCUACAAAUCUGUCCAGAAAAGACUGAGAGCUCAAUGGAAAAUCCAAAGUAUGAAGGAAGAGCUGUCUCUGGAGAAGCUGAAGGGUGUCAAAUUGUGGAUAACCGCAGGACCGCGGGAGAAGUUCACAGCUUCAGAGCUGGAGGUGCUGAAGCUGUACCUGGAUGGGGGAGGAAACGUCCUGGUCAUGCUCGGUGAAGGGGGAGAAAUGAAGUACAACACCAACAUCAACUUCCUCCUGGAGGAGUUUGGCGUGGUGGUCAACAAUGACGCUGUUGUGAGGAAUGUGUAUUACAAAUACUUCCAUCCGAAAGAGGCGCUGGUGUCCAACGGUGUGUUGAACAGAGAGAUUAGUCGGGCUGCUGGCAAAGUGGUCACAGGCGUCAUCGAAGAGGAAAAUGUUGGAAACAAUGCACAGGCUCUCACGUUUGUGUACCCGUACGGAGCCACACUGAGCGUGAUGAAGCCGGCUGUGGCCAUUCUUUCAACUGGCUCCGUCUGCUUCCCCCUCAACAGGCCGGUCCUGGCAUUCCACGAAGGAAAGGAGGGUGGCAAACUGGUCGUGUUGGGCUCCUGCCACAUGUUCAGUGACCAAUACAUAGACAAAGAGGAGAACAGUAAAAUCCUGGAUGUUGUGCUCCAGUGGCUCAUGGCUGAUAAUAUCCAGCUGAAUCAGAUUGACGCAGAAGACCCCGACAUCACAGAUUACACCAUGCUGCCAGACAUAGGGUGCUUGGCGGAACAGCUCAGAGUGUGCUUACAAGUGGGCGACGAAAACCCCAGGGACUUCACCUCGCUGUUUGACAUGUCCUUGUUCAAUUUGUCAACCGACGCCUUACCCCAAGUCAUCAGUGCCUACAAGCAGCUUCAUGUCAAAGACGAGCCACUUCAGCUGAUAGCGCCACAUUUUGAGACGCCGCUGCCUCAGCUCCAACCCGCUGUCUUUCCACCUGCCUUGAGCGAGUUGCCUCCUCCCAUGCUGGACCUGUUCGACCUAGAUGAAGCAUUCUCCUCGGAGAAAGUGCGCCUGGCACAGCUCACCAAUAAAUGUACGGACGAUGAUCUUGAAUUCUACGUGAGGAAAUGUGGGGAGAUCUUGGGGGUGACUCCAAAGUUGGAUAAAGAGCAGAGGGAUGCCAAGCACAUCUUGGAACACAUUUUCUUCCAGGUUGUAGAGUUCAAGAAACUCAAUCAGGAGCCCGACACUGAGGAACCGUUCACGCCAUUGUGAUGGGACUCAAGAAACUUAUAAAGACAUUGAUCUCUCCUGCGGUCAUUCUGUAACAUGACCAACCAGAUGUGUUGCCUUUGGAGAAGGUACAAGAUCACAUAAACUGGGUACUGUUGGGUUCUAGCAAUUAUAGGUUAUACACACACUUCUUGUAUUUCGCAGAGGGAAAAAGUACAAUACACAUGCAAAUAAAGUUAAUAUUUAAAUCUUUAAUUUUUAAAAAAAGGCACAGCGCUUUGCAUGAAUCCUCACACAUUGCUGUAAAAAAAAAUGGAAUUUAAGAUUUUACAAAAUGAUGCAACCAAAACCCACAAACAUUUAAAGCCUUAUUAUUUUUCCAAGUC